CGCCGCGGAGUCCCCCGAUGUGGGAAUGUCUGACCACGAUUUCAGUCUCUCGCUGAGCGUCGGCGCGUUGAGGUGUGUGCUCUAGGAAAGCUCUUUUCUUUUCAUUUUUUUUCUCUACCACCACACAAAACGCUCCCAUUUGAGUCACACCACCUUUCUGAUGGCCAAACUUUUUUCCUUCACACACCGCAUUUUCUUCUAAUGUUUUCCCAAAGUUUUUAACAAUAAUAAAUUGUGGGUGAGUGUGUGUGCUGUGGUCUGGAAGUUGUGAUAACAGUGCGUGGGUGAAAGCAGCCCGAUAGAGCAGAAGGUACAGCCAAGAAAAAAAAUUGUGCAUCAUGGGUUAUGACGAAGUGUUACCACAUUUGGGGGGCUUUGGCCCCUAUCAGCGUAGAAUCUUCUUUCUCGUGAGCCUACCGGCAAUUUCGUGCGCCUUCCACAAGCUAGCCGGUGUAUUCCUACUCGCAAAGCCCGAGCACAGAUGCCUUAUGCCCUUUGAGGUGGCAAAUGCGAGCUUUCUCAGUGAUUUCCCCAUGAAUAUGACCUAUCCGUGGGAUGGGAUUAACAACAAGUGGAGCUCAUGCGAGCGACUCGAUGCAAAUUUUACGGAUUCCUACUUUGCUUCGGGACAACCAGCUAAUGCCACCAUUACCUGCGAUAAGUGGGUGUACGAUGAUAGGAAGUAUGAGAGUAGUACUGUAACUGAGUGGGAUAUGGUGUGCUCUAAAUCCUUCCUAACAGCCACAUCGGAUUCCCUCUUUAUGGUGGGCGUCUUGCUGGGCAGCAUAAUCUUUGGUCACUUGUCCGACAAGAUGGGACGAAAGCCAAUCUUUUUCGCUUCUCUCGUCAUUCAGGUGGUCUUUGGUGUACUAGCUGGAAUUGCCCCGGAGUACUUUACCUACACAAUAUCACGAAUUGUGGUGGGAGCCACAACAUCGGGUGUCUUUCUCGUUGCCUACGUGCUGGCCAUGGAGAUGGUGGGACCAAAGUGGCGUCUCUUUGCCGGCACUGUUAUGAUGAUGUUCUUUUCCGUUGGCUACAUGCUCACAGCUGCAUUCGCGUACUUUUUCCCCGCAUGGCGAGAUCUACAGAUUGCCCUAACGCUACCUGGGCUGCUCUUCCUCUGCUACUGGUGGUUUAUACCCGAAUCUGCCAGGUGGUUGCUGUCGAAGCGUCGCAAGGCGGAGGCAAUUGCAACAAUUGAGAAGGCAGCCAAGGAGAAUAAAGUAACAAUUCCCACCGAAGUGUUGGAUAAUCUCAUUGAGCCCGAGAAGAAGGAAGAUGCGGAUAAGCCAGCACCAUCGCUAUUUGAUCUCUUUAGAUACCCAAAUUUGCGUCGAAAGAGUUUGUUGAUCUUCUUCGAUUGGUUCGUCAACAGUGGCACGUACUACGGGUUGUCGUGGAAUACCAACAAUCUCGGGGGCAAUGACCUCUUGAAUUUUGUCAUAUCCGGAGCUGUGGAGAUCCCUGCCUAUGUCUUCCUCCUCUUCACACUCAAUCGCUGGGGCAGGAAGACAAUCCUGUGCGGCUGUAUGCUCGUUGCUGGGACAAUGCUCCUGUUAACAAUGGCCGUGCCUGAAGCACAAAAUUGGCUCAUUAUUCUCCUUGCUAUGCUGGGAAAAUUAGCUAUUACCGCCAGCUAUGGGACAAUCUACAUCUUCUCCACGGAGCAAUUCCCCACGGUUAUUAGGAAUGUCGGCAUAGGGGCAGCAUCGAUGUUUGCCCGUUUUGGUGGAAUCCUUGCGCCGUAUUUUAAUCUCUUGGGGGACAUUUGGAAGCCAUUCCCGCUCAUUAUUUUCGGGGCCAUGGCCUUUGCUGGCGGAUUGCUAUCUCUCUUCCUGCCUGAGACACUUGGACGUACCCUUCCGGAUACAAUUGCAGAUGGAGAGAGAUUUGGGGGGAAGGAUGAUCUGCCUGAGGGAACGGCCGAAGAGAUGGUUGAGCUCAAUAAGAACAGUACAAAUGGGAAUGUUAAGAAGUCUUCUGAGGAGGCAUAAGAGAAGCAUCCACCUUCCUGCUCUUGCCAAAUUCAAACACAGACUGUUGUGCCCCAUACAAAGACAGCCCGGGGAUAGUCUGUGAACAAUUUUUCAUCGCAUAAUAGGAAUUUAUCUAUCAGGCUGCUUAUCUAUCUCUCUGUGCUCGUCAAAUCUCCCUCAAACAUCUUUGGAGGACUUUGACCGAUUCAGAGGCUUGUGAUUUCUUGGCUCACAAUCAUGAAGAUGGGUGUGACGUGGCACAUGUGGCGUCAUUAUUUUCAUGCCAUCUCUCAUGUGCACGCGCAUUCACACAUAAAUACAUAAAUUCUCUUUUGAGCCCUCGCAGGAGUUUGUGAGGGAAGCACGUGGCCGGUGGCGUGACUACAAAAGACAUGAUAGUAGCGCAUGCUUACUCAGAGAGCUACUUAACUUCCCCGUUUCCCCCCCUCACACACAAACUAUUCCAUUUUUAUUCUUUUGCAACACUUUUCAUUCAUGUCUGCUCUACAAGACGCAUAAAUAGCAUAAUUAAUUAUCUUGUUUUACGGGCUAUGAUGACUUUUUUCUAAUCUUCCUUUUAAAUAUAUUUAUUUACAAAGCAGCUUUGCUCGUUAUAUUUUCAGUACAUUCUGUGCUUUAUAUUAUUACAUUUUUUUAAUGUAUAAAAAUAGAUGUUCUUGUUCUCACAAAGUCUGUGGUGCGAUUGCAACAACAACAAAAAACAUGUUGAGAAAUAAGUAUUAAAAUAUUUUAAUUAGGGAACCUUAUUAAUUGGGUCCAUAGAGAUAACUUUUUUUUUAUAUACAAUGCAUCAUUCAAGCUUUGCUAUCUAAGACAUAGUAUUACAAAGAAGGGCGAAAGUGCCCAAAUCGUUUCGGCCCUUCCUCAUUUGAGGGGAAGGUAGAUGGCGCAUGAGGUCUUUUUAAGGAAAUUUGGGGGUAAGCGAAAUGCAAGGAGGACCUUCCUCCCUUUCAUAAGAUCAUUUGCUUUCGAGCACUCAUGGUGAUCACUUGAAGGGCCGCAUGAGCUGAGCGUUUUUUCUAUAUGGACUUUUUUCUAUAUGGACUUUUUUCUUUAUGAACUUUUUUUUUGUACCUACGUUGAGUGGGUUGCAGUAGAGGUGCACAAAAAAGGGCUGAAGGAAGAAAAAUGUACACGGAGUUGAGUUCAGAUCUUGCAACAUUUUUGGUUGUACAUGAGUGGGAAUGAACAGAAAUACAUUUUCUUUCCCUUUUGCACAAUGAGAUCUUCCAAAGUCUCGAAGAGCACAAAUUUUGUCUUUUCGAGCAAAAUUCUGCCUCAAACACGCUGGCUCAUUCAACACGAGCUGAUAUUGUUACUAAUGAAUUUAAAAUACUUGAUAUGAACUUUUAUUUACUUUUUUUUUUUUAAUUUUUUAGAAGUUUCUUUAAUCUCUUUUUGAGUCAACUUUGAAUCAAAAAUUUUCUUCUAAAGGUUAGUAAAAUAUUAAUUUUGAAAACUCCGUGGAAAUAUUAGGUAAAUUAAAAGAAUAUAUAGGUACUUAAUUAAAAAUAAAUAAAUUCAAAAAACGAAAUUGAAUUGAUUAAAAUAUAAUAAUUAAUCAAUAUUUGGCUAGACCAGAAUAAUAGAAAAAUUCUAUUUGCGGAUUUAACCCUCCGUAUACUAUGAGGGGCAGGUGACCAACCCUAGAGCUAUAUUUUGAAUUAUUACGCCUUAGUUCUUAGAGAUAUAAAACCAAGCUUUGAGAAAUAAGUUUUUUGGUUAUCUGAGAAGAUUGUGUUAAAAAUUUUAGGUCAAUCCGACCACCAGAAUAAAAGUUAUAAGGAAAAAAUAUAAAAAGAGGUAAUUCAAAAAUUGGUGUAACAGUCAAAUUUAUUCCAUUUUCUCUUCACUUUGUCACUAUUUGUCUCUUUCUAGAAGAUUCUAACCUCAAAAAAUUAUUGAAAAAAAAUCAUCAAAAAAUCCAUUGAAAAAUUUAUUUUUGUGUUCAAAAUGGAUAAAAGACUUAUUAGGGAGUACCAAGGAGUCUAUUAAAGCUCAUUUGACUGAAAGAUUUUGCUUUUUUGCAAAAAAUUCUAUGGGGUCGGUCACCUACCCCAUUGUAAUGCACGUAAGUGUUUUGGUCACAGUACGGAGGGUUAAGGCGUUUAAGGAACAAAGUGAACAAAACUUUUUAUAAUUUUCAGCGAUGUUUCGGCAUAGUGCUGCUUGGAAUUUAGGAUUUAUUAUUGUGAAAUUUGAAGUAGUACAUCGAGUACAUCAUUAUGUUGAAAAGAUAAUCAGAUUCAUAUUUUAAGAAUAAAAAAGAAUUUUUUUGAGGCUUCUAAAAAUACUUUUCGCAUGUUAAGAAAAAAAUAUUCUAAAAUAUUUUUCUUUUAGCGCUUUUUAAAUCUUUAUAUUUCUUCAUUAGCUGGGUAGUGCAGAAUACGAAACGGAUGAGUGGUUUUUACUGACUUAAAGGGAUUUCUCAGUCAGUAUAAUUAUUUUAAUCUGAACAUGUCACUUGGGGCGAAUUUAGUCGCUAAUGUAAACAGUAUGGAGUCGCUUCGCUCCAAUUUACCUCGCCUCGCUUCGCGGGGAUUAGUUGCGCUUCGCGAAAAUUUUAGAUAAAUUCUAAAAUAUUGGUAAAAAUUAGGCUACUCGAAUGUGGUUUAAAGGGAAAUAAACACGGCUGUUUAAAAUCUUCUGAUAUAAGAGGCCUCUGUAUCAAAUUUCAUCACGAUCGGUCAAACAAUGUAGAGUUGUAUAGCUGUACAGAAUGGACGAUUACCAACAAAUAGACCUUUCUUUAUUAUAUAGAUAGGUAUUUUCUAGCCUUCCAUUCCAAAAAAAAAUAUCAUGGUUGUUUUGUAUGAUUCUCUGUUUUAGUGGUUUGAAAAGUAAAAUACUUUGUAACGGAUUAACAGAUGAGAAGUUAGAUUAGAAACUGCAAAUAAUAUCUUAGGUGAAAAAUCAUUUCCAAUGUCGGAAAAUACCAUCAACUUUAUUUAAACCUCAUAUUCCCUCAAAUGGCUUUUAAAAAAUUCUAGGACGAAAAUAUCACAUUAGAUUGACCUAUCGAGGAAAAUAUCUUGACUUAAUUAUUUAUUAUAUAAAGUUUUCUGUCCGAUAAUCCAUACAAUUUCACACUUAUAAAUCCUAAAGAUGCGACAAAAAAUAUGCCGAAACAUCGCUGAAAAGUAUAAAAGUUGUGUUCACCUUAUUCGUUAAACUGACAAAUAGAAUUUAUAUUAUUCUGGUCUAUAUUUUAAUCAACUCAAUUUUUUUAAUUUAUUUAUUUUUUUAUUUUACUAACCUUUAGAAGAAAAUUUUUGAUUCAAAGUUGACUCAAAAAGAGAUUAAAGAAACUUCUAAAAAAUUAAAAAAAAAAAGUAAAUAAAAGUUCAUAUCAAGUAUUUUAAAUUCAUUAGUAACAAUAUCAGCUAGUGUUGAAUGAGCCAGCGUGUUUGAGGCAGAAUUUUGCUCGAAAAGACAAAAUUUGUGCUCUUCGAGACUUUGGAAGAUCUCAUUGUGCAAAAGGGAAAGAAAAUGUAUUUCUGUUCAUUCCCACUCAUGUACAACCAAAAAUGUUGCAAGAUCUGAACUCAACUCAGUGUACAUUUUUCUUCCUUCAGCCCUUUUUUGUGCACCUCUACUGCAACCCACUCAACGUAGGUACAAAAAAAAAGUUCAUAAAGAAAAAAGUCCAUAUAGAAAAAAGUCCAUAUAGAAAAAACGCUCAGCUCAUGCGGCCCUUCAAGUGAUCACCAUGAGUGCUCGAAAGCAAAUGAUCUUAUGAAAGGGAGGAAGGUCCUCCUUGCAUUUCGCUUACCCCCGAAUUUGCACCAGUCCGCGCGCCAUCUACGUUCCCCUCAAAAGAGGAAGGUACGGAACUCUUGGAUUUUUUCAUCCCUUCAGAGAUUGUAUUACUAUAUUAAUACGUUAUACAAUGAUUCAAGUCUUGAAGAUUUGAGAAUCAUAUUUUUUUGUCAACAUUGUGCGUACUUAUAGGAAUAUUCUUAGUGUAAUCAUUGUACUGGAAGGUCUUUGUAAGUGUAUGUAUUAGAUUUAGUUUAAAAAAAAUCCUUAUCGCUGUAAAUUUUUUAGAACAAAAAAAAACUCUUAAUAAAAUCCACGGCAUUUGUACUAUUCAUGGGAGAAAUAUCUCUUUUUUCUAUUUUAAAUAAAUGGAUUUGUAAUGAAA